GACGUUGGAGACACCAUUUAUCAGUUGACAGUAAGUUAUCGUGAUAAUUGUUCACGUACAUCUAAAUCUUUUACUAACGCAAACAGAGUACGGACAAAUUACAAUGGCUGUCAAGAUGAUCGUUUUCAUCGCAUGCUUGUCAUCCGCCGCCCUGGCCCAAUACGUCGUGCCGGCGUACCCCGUUUACCACGUGGCACCGGUAAAGGCUAACGUGCCCGUUAACGCACCGACGCCGUACAGCUUUGUGUACAGCGUAAACGACCCGAACACUUACGACGUCAAGAGCCAGGCCGAGUCCAGCGACGGCAACGGUAACGUAAAAGGCUUCUACAGCCUUUUGGAAGCCGACGGUUCCACGCGCACCGUCGAGUACACCGCCGACGACUACAACGGUUUCAAUGCAGUCGUCAAGAAGGAAGGCGGAUACGCUUCCGACGUCGCUUAUAAGCCCGCCGCAGCCCCGUACAGGCCGUACUGAAAAAGAGAGAGAGAGUGACGGCCAAUCGCCAAACGACCUUCGUUCUCUGACUAAUCCACGUGCCACGCGCGUUUCCGGUCGCGACGCUGCUGACACAUAUUCAGUCAUAAUACUAUUAUAUUAUUAAAUAUUUUAAUAGUUCAACGAAUAUUAUUAUUAUACCUACACGUUCUGCAGCUAGCUAUUGCACGGACAGCAGUCUGCGUACCUACCCAUACUCAUAUAGCUAUAGGUCAUUAGAGCGGUUCGUACACUUUAAGAUUAUUACUAUUAGUUACCUUGUAAAUAAUUAUAAGUUACGAUUUAUCUGAAACCAAUUUGUAGUUGAUAUUUAUUUGUAUAUUAUGUACGUUUAUCCACUACACUUUUUUGUGAUAUAUUAUUAAUAUUCAACUAUUGACACAAUAUAAUAAUAUAUUAUAACAGAAAAUGAAAA